GAACAAUGAUAACGCAGCAGACCGCUGGGAGAAGAAUAAUAAGAAGCUGGAUAUGCAGCUGCGCCUUUUACCUGGAGGAAAUAUCGAAGUUGAUGCUGCAAAAUCCUUGAAAGCCAAGUCCAAGGACGUCGACCUUUUCAAUAUCACUGCAGUCGAGCGUGCGAAAAUUGUGGUACUUUUAUUUUACGAUUAUGCGACAUUUUUCUUAGAUCUAGGUAGCCACUGGGUGAAGGAGCCUAGACCAUAGGCUACUGCCGUUCUGUGCAGCCACGCAGGACGCCGAGGUGGGGGCAUCAUGUCGAGCCUGCUUAGCGCAGCGCGACGCCAGCAGCCUCCGCUGCUCUCUGCGUCUGGGUUCUUGUGCUGAUCGGUGCAGAGUGGAAGACACCUCAGCCAGCGCUGGAGCGCACUAGACUACACCACUCAGCGACAGCUCUAGCACCUCACCCCCCCAGGGUUGCCCCGUCCUUCCUGCCAGGGUAUUACUUCCAGGGGGUCAGAAGUCUAACCCGGGAGGCUUGGGCUUGUGGUGUCACUUCGCGCGCCUGUGAUGGCUGCCCGACAUUGCAGGCCGGACAUGCAUGGGGCAGAGGUACGCGCGUCGUCUCUUGAAAUUUGGAGAGUAGUGCCGCCGUGUUGUGGCCCGCGCCGUCUCGCCUGUGGUGUAGCAUCUCGCUGAAAUGAAUCACCUCGCCGCGCAUGUCUUGAGGCUUUCUGGAUUCGAGGGGUGGGCGGAUCCAUGCAACGAGGUGAGCCGCUACCCCCAUGCCAUGGAUGUGGUCAAAAUUCGGCGAAUAUCUUCGGAAGCUCGAAUAUCUUCGAGGAAACGCACAGCAGCAGCGCCGCUACAGCGGGGACAGACUGGGCUUGCGAGUCGAUCCGGGGAGAAGCAAGGAGGACGCGGUGGAUGGCCGGAGGGCUGACUUCUUACAAAGGUGCAGGGCGUCGAUUGCCAUUUGAAAAGUUCGCGAAAUCUUUGAAAAAUCUUCGCGGAAUCUUUCCGAAAAGAUAGACGCACGAAGUUCUUUCCGAAAAGAUAGACUUGUAAACUUUCCGCAAACAUUUCGCGAAGAUUCUGAAGCUUUCGUCUUCCGUGUUUUUUUGGUGAAGGCAUGAAAAUGGACCGCCAAGAACAAACUCGCGACAAAUUGCAGCGGGAGCGCAUAAGACUCCGCGUCUUCUGUGUCUGCUUUGUGUGGUCUUUCUGUUUCUCUCUCCAGAGCUGUGCAGCCUUUUGGGCUGUGCAUUUGUUUGGGAAUUUGUCGGGCGGCUGCGUCGCAGGCUGGCUCGUUGGCUUGUGGUGCUCUCAGUGCAGUGACCGGGCUGGUCGUGUGUUGGUUCUGUCGGCUCUGCUUUCAGAGGCUUAGCAGACGCCGCGUGAAGUGGACAGGCGUGAAAGCGGCGCGCGUGAGCCCCGGCAACUUUUCGCCAAGAUUCUCCGCCGUCGGCAGUCUUCGGGCGCGGCGGUCUCCACGGGUGUCCUUUCUUUCAUCACAGCAAAAAUUGAAGGGCAGUAGCUGGCGUUGGUUUGGAAACUGUUCAGGGGUGUGCACAUUUUUCGAGAAUUUCGGAGGGGUGCUUUGUCGGUUUGAUGUACGCACGUGCGUAGAGUAUGUUGCUGCAGAUUGUGCCCGAAAUUGGUAGAAGUUGUUUCUUCAUGGUUUGAAAAAUACCGCUAACACCUCAAGGGUCGGCCGUUUCUAUGUUAUUCAUGUCGAUCAGCUACGCACUCGCCCGCGCGCAAAAUCUUUUUCGUUUCGUAUGAUUUUUACACUGGUAAAUAGCUAGUAGGUUGAGAACCUUAAAACGCUAAACAUACUAGGCAGGUAGCCUUUAAGUUUUUGAAGUUUUUAAAUAAGAGCAGCAAGAUUAUACUAUUAGCUGGAAGCCUUCUUUUAUAUCUACUUUUUCCGAGUUCAGUACUGCAUCCAAAAUACGCACACUACAGAAAUCGAUUACGAAGAAGUUGCAAGAAACCAAUCGAUUGACGAACUACA